AUGUCGACACCUCGAAGUCUCUACAAAGAUCUGCCCCUGAAGUUGCCUAGGUCGAUCCGUAUGCUCAAAUUCGACGACGCUGUGGUCACACCGCAUGCUCAAACGGUGCUCUCCGCUAUUUUAGAGCUCACACAUGCUCAGGGACAAGAAGCCGAGAUCUUCCUCAGCCUUCGCGUGGUAAACCUAGAUGACAAACCUGAUUACCACGCCCUCUCCUACACGUGGGGACCUCCGACUCGCGAGGCCGCACAAGUGAACUUGAAGGCUGAGAUUUACAAGAAUGCGAAGAAUGUCAUUAUUUGGCUGGGUAUCGCGGACAAACAAACUGACCUAGCAUGCGCCUUCAUAAGGAAGUUUGCCGCAUCACGGACGAAUCCUAGUGGAACUGACGAUCAAGGCAUAAUCGACGAGCUCAAGCAGCGUACACAGCUGUCAGCUUUAGCAUCAUUAUUUGACAGAACUUGGUUCACCCGUGUAUGGGCUGUACAAGAGCUCGUCCUUGCUCAGGCAACCACCGUGCUAUGCGGUUCUUUUGUGUUUAAUUGGGAUGAUAUUACAGAAAUGUCUCACUAUUUGGCCACGAGCAUCUCGCAACGGGAAUUCCACGCUGCAGGCCUCGAACUGCAGGCGCUGUUAUAUAAGAAUCCCGCUAAACUGGCCGCCGAGAGGGAUGUGUCCAAGGCAUACAUCGGCAUCGCACGGUACAUACUGGAACAUAGCUCAGAUCUCCUGCUGCUUGCACACCGUGAGGGCGAGGACUUCGAGAGCAUCCCUUCCCUACCUAGUUGGGUUCCAGAUUGGAACGUCAAGGGGACCUUCGGUCUCGGAAUCACCGGUUACGAGCGCUUUUCUGCUGCCGCCGGCACGGAGGCUUAUGUGAUGCCAGAAAUUUCCGAACAAAAUGUUCUAACGUUGAGGGCAGCCAAACUCGACACAGUUGUUCAAGUAGGAGAGACUAAGGAAGAGGUGGGCAGAGGAAUGCCAUUCGUUCAAUGGCUGGACAUCCUCAAGCGGACACAGCAGGUCUACCAUACCGGGGAGAACCGUCAGGAAGUCCUCUGGAGAAGCCUGAUUACGAACACGGACAAGGACGGUAAAAUUCCUGUACCCGACUUGAAAAAAGAGUUUUCCAGUUGGAUCCGUCGCCAUCUGGCGCCAUUCACAGAACUGUCCGACUUAUCAACAGUCCUAUCCAACGACUAUGACGCCGUCCUGCCUAAGCUGAGUGCAACUGCACCAGGCUCGAGCCAGCUUAAAAAUUCUGUUAGUGGGGAAGAUAUGCACAUAAAUGACGAGCAGAUAGAAGACGCUCGCAAGUUCGAUAGCUUAUACUCUCAUGCCUUGCUUCUGCGAUUAUUCCGCACAGACAAGGGCUACAUAGGAGUUGGCUCGCAGUCGAUGAAAAGGGGUGACUCUGUGUGGAUUGUGCCCGGCUCGAGGGUGCCCCUUCUUUUUCGUCCGUCAGCCUGGACCGAAGAGCAAUGGAGGCUUGUGGGCGGGGCCUAUGUCCAUGGGUUUAUGCAAGGGGAGGCAUCACGGAGUGGCUUGGCAUUUGAAAAUAUCCGUGUAGAAUGA